GUGCAGGUGGUGACGUUGUGGUACAGAGCUCCAGAGGUGCUGCUCCAGUCCAGCUACGCGACCCCUGUCGACCUGUGGAGCGUAGGGUGCAUCUUCGCUGAGAUGUUCAGGAGAAGACCUCUAUUUCGAGGAAACUCAGAUGUGGACCAGCUGGGGAAGAUCUUUGAUCUGGUGGGGGUCCCCUCUGAGGAGGACUGGCCACAGGAAGUGGCUCUGCCCCAGAGCGCCUUCUCUCCUCGAUCCUCUCAGCCAAUAGAAAGCCUGGUCCCGGACAUCGACGACCAGGGGAAGUCCCUGCUCAUGCAAUUCCUGGCAUUCAACCCGGCCCGGAGGAUCUCUGCAUUCGCAGCUCUGACCCACGUCUACUUCCAGGGAGUGGACAGUGAGAGCCAGAGUGUGUACGCUGCUCAGCCCUUCCUCAACAAGCCCCCCAUGGGGAAGAGGGCCACCUGACUGCCCGGGGGGGAGAAGGGAGA